CUUCGCAACCUCAUCCCUCUCUUGUAAUAACCAGCAGACUUUCUCUUCCUACUCCUCACAGCCGUUGCUCUUUAAAGACGCAACAAAGUCGAAUCGCAGCCAUGGAGUUUGAUACCAAGACCCCCAAAUCGGUCACCAGUGACCCGACAUCCUUUGCCAGCGACUCGGUCCGCCAGCGAUGGCCUGUCAUACUGACUGGUGCCGUUGACGACGUCUAUCGUGCCAUCUCCAAGACGGACGACCCCGAGAAGCAGGCUGAGGGCAAGAAGAUUGUCGAGCAGCUCGGUGCUCUCAAAUAUGAGGUUCAGCACGACCGGAAACUCUCUCCCAUCGAAGUCGACGACGGCUACCCCGAAGAGAUCGCUGCCUACAACAAGGAGAUCCAGGACCUCGGGAAUCCCAGCUGGCUGGACGUCCCCUGGCUAUUCUCUGAAUGCUACAUGUACAGGCGAAUCAGCACCUUCUUCACGCUCACCAAGCACUGGAAGAACUACGACAUCUUUGCCCGGCAAAAGAUCGACACCUUCCGCACGUCACGCAACGCUGUGCUGGAGCUGGCCUCGCGGUACAAAGAAUUGAUCGAGCAGAUCCAGGCUGACAAGAACUCCACUCACGAUGAGGAGGCCGAAAAACUUCUCUUCACCGAGUUCUUCGAGAUUUGCCUGUGGGGCAAUGCCACGGACCUGUCCCUUCUCACCAACCUCACGUAUGAGGACAUCCAGAAGCUGCAGGGCAGCGCGGCUCGCAAGGCUGCCGAGAAGAACAUCCUCAUCAAUGACCUGCCGGCAUCGUAUGAGAUCCUCAAGAAGGCUCGUGCCGACGGUCAGGAGGAGCGCCGCGUCGACUUUGUGCUCGACAACGCCGGCUUCGAGCUCUACGUCGAUCUUGUCCUCGCUGGCUUCUUGCUCGCGUCGGGACUCGCCACACAGAUUGUGUUGCGCCCCAAGUCUAUGCCGUGGUUCGUCUCAGACGUCCUGCCGGGGGACUUCUCGGCGCUUCUCAACGCCAUUUCUCAGCCCAAGACCUUUUUCGAGACGCAGUCCGAGGACGAGAAGCUUCAGGGCAAGAUCCCGGAGCCCCUCUCCGAAAAGGAAGCUGAAGACCUCUCCUUCGUAUUCCAGGACUGGGCGACCAGACACGCCGAGGGCCAGCUAGUCAUGCGCCCCAACCGGUACUGGACGGCUGGCGGCAGCUUCUGGCGGCUUCCCCACGAGGCUCCCGAGCUUCACGACGAUCUCAAGGGCGCCGAGCUCGUCAUUUUCAAGGGUGACCUCAACUAUCGCAAGCUCACAGGCGAUGCUCACUGGGACCCAACCACGCCGUUCCAACAGGCCCUUGGGCCCAUGGGCAAGGGCUCGGGCGUCAACGUCUUGUCUCUGCGCACUUGCAAGGCUGAUGUCGUAGUCGGUUUGCCGGCGGGUAAGGACGAGGAGCUCAGGAAGACCGAGGGUGGCGGUGGCGACAGCGGCGCACGACGAUGGGCCUGGCACGGCAAGUGGGCUGUCGUAUGCCUGUCUCAGGGGGAAUAGACAUCAUGACGCAGAUGAACUGAUUAUUUGUUGUUAAACUUUAGACGAUAGACCUAGAAUUGGAUACUUGAUGGCGGUUGGGGCGCCUUGCAUCGCCUGAUCAUGGCCUCGGAGCAACGCUGGAUGGGGACGGGGUGAUCAAAAUAUUGCACGAUUUGGUAGCACCUGCCUUGCUCAUUUUUUUCUCUCUUUUCUCGUGUGGCUGGUGUUGGCACCGGCGUCGCUACCGGAACGAGCAAGU